GGAAGUAAUAUGAAUAUGCUGCAUAGAGAUUGGCGUGCAGUUUCAAAAUGUCGCCUGCUUUUUUUACAGGAAUCGACGAAUGACAAAUUGAAGCUGUCGAUGUUGAAUGGAGGGGACUCGGGGACGGCGACACCAGUGGGUGAAAGAAACAGUCCGCUGUCAUAUAAUAACUAUCGAAAUGGAGAUAUAAAAUCUCUGAGUAAUUACCGGAUAUAUUUAACGAAUGACAUGAAAGGUAACGCAACGCCACGCAAAAGAUCUGUGGCAACAAUGGACGCGCAAUCUAUUCGGUCUGUAGAAACGCACGCGCCGCCGCCAACCAGCCCCGAAGAUAAUAAGGCGCUUACCACAAAAUACAUAUCACUAAUAUGCAGUUGUAUGUACGCAAUAUUACUAGUCACAUUGGGGUUAAUUAUAUACAUCGCUGAUCCGUUAAUUGACUACUCUGUUUCUGUGAUUUACUCAAUUAUCCUCUGCAGUAUUGGAUUUUUAUAUCUUAUAUUUUUAAUAUAUGAUAUUACCCGCUAUAAAACUGUUGUUAAAAACCUAAAAAUUAAGGGUCUGCACGAAGAACAAAUCGCUGAUUAUUUCAGAAAACAAGAAGAGGAAUUCGGCACUCCAAGCACGCCAGGGGAUCGCACUCCUGAAAUGUUCAAACCAGGAAGCGUACCACCGCCGGUGUUCAUACCACUUAAACAUCAAUAUUGCUUCAGUCAAGGCCGACAUUCUGGUAGUUUUUAUCUGAAGUUGGGAGCUGCUGGUUUCGCGCUGGGUCAUCUGGUGCACUCAGUCCUUUUGCUAACUGUACAAAUUGGAUUGUUAUUCGACGAAAAUGUCGAUAACGACAAAUGUGUUAAAAUCCCGCAAGUAGUACUGGAUGUGAUGUUCCCUGGCUACUGCUUCUUGCAACUGUACUUCAUAUUUAAAUAUUCCAAUGUCAUAAUCUUACGAGCUCAGGGUUUGGCUCGAUUUGCAUUCAUGCAUAUGAUCGGCAGUAGUCUGUGUUUCUGGGUAUCGGCCAUAGUCCGUGAGACUAUUUUAGCGUUAACACUUUACGCCAACUCUGUAUAUGGAGGUAACAACGAAACCAACACCACUUCUGAGAGUCUUAUAAUGUUUGACAAUUCUAAUAACCACAUUAUUGACAUCAGCGACCUACACAACCCGGAAUGCAUUGGUUCGCAGGCGAUUUCAUCAAUAUUUGAAAACUUCUCCCCGUAUCUCUAUCCGUUUAGCGUAGAAUUCAAUAUCUUAAUAGUGGCCGUUUACUAUAUUAUUUGGAGCAAUAUUGGUAAUUGUGAUAAUGACGAUGCAAAUUCUGAAUUGAACUCUACUAUGGACGAUAAUACUACUGUCUGCAGGAUUCCUACGGCCAACGAAGACAAUGACUACACGAGUAAUAUCGUGAUCCACGCAGAUUGUCAUGCUUCAAACAAGGGACUGUUCCUUGGCUUGAUUCUGGUGGUUUGUGUCGCGGGUAUGCUCAUCCUUGGAUUCGUGUUCAGCAGUGUUGGCGGUGAAUUCCUCGAGAUGGGAUAUCUUCUUAAUAACUGCAUGAUGCUCGCGUUACACACCAUUAUGCUGUUCGCCGCUGUGGUCGCUUUUAAUCAAUUAAGAAAGCUGGAUAUCAACGAGCACCCUAUAUCUCUUCUUGACGACGUAUUGCUUUUCAUUUGUCUGCCCGCCUUCUUCAUGGAGACAGUGUUCUCUAUGGUGGCUACUAUAAGCAUUCUUAACAUCGUCAAAACUGUUGAUUUCGUUGUCAUGAUGAUACAAGUGCUAAUCCAGACACCACUUAUCAUGGACGGGCUCCGACGUUGCUCUAACAGGAAGAAAUUGCGUCGGACGAAGCCCGGCCGGGAGUUGCUCAUGUUCCUACUUAUCGCUAAUGUCGCCAUGUGGCUCUUCUACACCUUCUCCUAUAAGUCCCCUGAAAGCCUCGAUGAAAGAUACGCGUUUUAUGGCAAGGUCAUGUGGUCGAUACUCGGCCACGUCAGUCUCCCAUUGAUCAUGUUCUACAGGUUUCAUUCCAGCGUGUGCUUCGCUGAUAUUUGGGAUUCUGCUUAUAAGCCAGGCUCUGAACAUUAAAUAUGUGAUGCUUGGGCUGUAGAUAAGAUUUUCGUACAUACAAGCAUAGCAAGCGAGAGGCUAAAUUUUAUAGAAAUCGUGCUUGACUACCAAGACUAUAAUUUAUUUAUUUUUCAUGUUUAUUUUUUCAAAUAUGUUAGCAAGUUAUAGAUAAAUAAUUUGCACAGUAAUAUAUAUUUAUUUUACCACCCGGCCUCGCGCUUGGUAUCCUAUGUCUUAGAUUAUAUUAAGUUCGGCUUAAUAUUAAAAUUUGCACUAUAAUAGUGUAUACUGUAGUCAUAUUAAUUUAUAUAACACUAUACUAUUGUAUAACGGUAUUAAGCUUUAGUGUGAAGUAGCUUAUUUAGUUUGUAGUAAAACUCUUGAUAAGUUC